GGGAAAAUGGGGUCUCUGGUAGCCUCAGCUUCGGUUGCUCUUGCAUUGGCCAUAAUCUUUCUAAGUUUCCCAUCUGAAAUAUCAGCAAACCACUACGGCUAUUCGUCUCCCCCGCCGCCGGUGAAGCCUUACCACUACCCAUCACCACCACCACCGCCCUACAAGAAGCCAUACAAAUACCACUCUCCACCCCCACCAGUUCACUACACUCCUCACCCAGUCUACCACUCUCCCCCACCCCCAGAGCACAAGUACCCACACCCUCACCCUCACCCUCACCCUCACCCUCACCCACACCCCCACCCCCGCCCCUAUCCCCACCCAGUGUACCACUCCCCACCACCACCACCCCCAAAGAAGCCAUACAAAUACCCAUCUCCACCACCACCAGUGCACAAGUACCCUUCUCCUUCCCCUUACCCUCACCCAGUUUACCACUCUCCUCCACCACCACCUUACAAGAAGCCUUAUGCCUACCACUCACCUCCUCCUCCAGUUCACUCUCCUCCUCCUCCACAUUACUACUACAAAUCUCCUCCUCCCCCUCCCUACCACUAGAUUCUUCUGUCCCACCACACCUCAUGGAUCUAAGCAAAAAGUGUGAAGACAGAGAAAGCUAUGGAUUGGACGGAGCGGUGCCCGCACUUUACAAAUACAUAGAGCAGUAGUAUAAGGGGAAUAUUAUCACAUAUUUUGUCAUAAGUGUUUGAUUGUUGUCAUUGUUUAGAGGAGUGUGUCUAGUGGUUUAUUUCAUUUUCAACUGUGUUUUUGUUGUACUAGACAGUUGUCAUGCACUGUCUUGUCUGCAUGCAUUUGUGAUUUUCAAAGUCUGACCAGUCAAUAUUCCCUCUCUGUCGUC